CAGCUAUACAAGCAUCCAUUGGAUUCGUUUAGUCUGCUCUGUUUAUUCCCUUGACCUUGCUCUUGGCCCUGCUAAGGAGUCUACAGGUUUGAACCAGUGUUUCUUCUUUUCUCCUCUAUUUUUAAAGCUCUUCCCAGGCACCAACUUCCUAGCACAUGAAUGUGAGUUACCCAUAUUCCCCACAGGGAGGGUACUGAAGGCUUCCUCUUUGCCUCUCAUUGGCCUUCUCAUCUAACACUCACUGGGCUCCGGCCCUACCCUGAGGGCCCUCGGGGCAACAGAGCACACCUGUUCCUUCUGACGAUUAAAAACAGACCCAGAGGCCCUUCCAUUUGAACCUCUCCUUGCUGGUAAUUUUUGUCUUCUGGGGAACAGGCGUGCCGAGGUGGAACCCGGAUUUAAAGAGUAGAGUUUAAUGAUAAACACCAGUUGCUGAAUUGUGCCCUGGGGGAACAGGUACGAAAUUGGGUAUUUUCUUCAUCUUCUAUUUAUUUUUAAUCUACGUUUGAUUUAUUUUUUUUAAAUCUAUGUUUUAAUAUCGACCCAAUUUGUGUCUGAUUGCUAACUUGUGAACCCACUGGAACUGCUAACUUUGGGGGAAGUGGAGAUUGGGGAGGAGCAAACUCACCUGCACAGGUCUUCUCGCAGCCUGCCCCAGAUGCACAGACGCUUUAACUCAAGAGCAUUACGGCCUAGGCCUAGCGAGCGUCCCCCGUGGCGCGGGAGGAUUGGGGGAGGCAGUAUUCUGUUCUCGUGCAUGGGUUGAGGCUUCCCCAUCUGCUUCUUUUGAACAAGUGUUUUUUCUCCCCCGAGUGUGGUGGCCAGUCCCUGGAAGUGAUCAGGUUAACAUGCCCACUCAGCUGGAGAUUGCCAUGAACAUCAUGAUUAGAAUCUUCCACCAGUACUCCUGCAAGGAAGGGGACAGAUUCAAGCUCAACAAGGGGGAACUGAAAAUGCUCCUGCAGCAAGAGCUCACGGAAUUCCUCUCGUGCCAGAAGGAUCCCCAGUUGGUUGAUAAGAUAAUGCAGGACCUGGAUGCCAAUAAGGACAACGAAGUGGAUUUUAAUGAAUUCGUGGUCCUGGUGGCAGCUCUGACAGUUGCUUGUAACGAUUACUUUGUGGAACAACUGAAGAAGAAAGGAAAGUAAAGAUAAGUAGUAAGCUGACCUAAGGGCAGAAAUAUAUCCAUAGUUAUUUGCUUCCUGUUCAUCUGCAGUCUUCAGACCUAUAGUUAUAGUAAUGCCAUUAAUAGAAAUAAUAUACAUAUAACUAAUUGCUAGCAUUAUUAAAUGGUGUGUACCUGAAUACAUUGAUUUAAAUAUUCCAAA